AUGGCUGGGAUGACUCCACUGAAGGGCCUUUGCCUGUGCCUCCAACACGUUUCCCUUACUCAUGGCUUUCCCAAGCGCGCCCUCUGCUCGAAUCCACGAUGUCCCAUGCUGGAGUACAGUAGGGCUACAGCGACAGCCACUCCACACUUCAUUCCUGGCCGGCAUAUAACCUUGAGCUCGAACUGCUGGGUCCAGGACGGUAGUACCGUGUGUACCUGUACCUGUACCUGCGGUCCACUUUCCAGAUGCCACCUGGAAGAUUCUGUAGGGGUAGACGAGUUGGUGGGACCACCGAGGGCAUUUUCUUCUUAUUUUUCUCUAAAUGGAUCCAAUGGGGUUUGGGGACGACCACCAAGCGCGCACGCAAAAGACCGCUAUUACUCACACGCAACACUUGGAUGA